UUGAAGGAAAGAUAAAGAGAGAGAGAGAAGAAACAGCGUUUUGUGCUGGAGCGCAUGCGCAGAGUGGCGCUUCAUCACACACUACCUCGCCGCCACAGCUAGAGGGAAAAUAAACUGCGUGGGCUCCCGGGGUAUUAAAUACAAGCUAAUACGGAUUAACAACAGUAAAUAUUACACCAACGGGGGACGCACGGGGCGGAAAACAGGUUUUUAAUGUGUGCAAAAUGAGCAAGAAUCCACCAAACCGAAGAGGAAUCGUCUUUGAGGUGGGAGCUCAUCUGGAGGCCCGGGACACUCUCAAGAACUGGUACGCAGCAAACAUUGAAAAGAUUGAUUAUGAGGAAGAGAAAGUGCUGAUUCACUACAGACAGUGGAGUCAUCGCUAUGAUGAAUGGUUCGAAUGGAGCAGCCCCUAUCUCAGGCCAGUCGAGCGAAUCCAGCUGAGGAAGGAGGGACUGCAGGAGGGGGAGGUCCAGGCUGAGUUUCGAGUGAACGAGAAGGUCCUUGCAAGCUGGACGGACUGUCGAUUUUACCCUGCCAAGGUCCUGUCAGUGAACAGAGAUCUCUCUUCCUACACUGUGAAGUUUUACGAUGGAGUUAUUCAGGCUGUUAAGGAUAUCCAUGUCAAACCUUACCGCAAUGAGAAAAGCGGGGGGAAAUCUAAGAUCGAAGACAAACAGAAAGAAAAAGUGUGUGAUAAAGAGAAAUCCACAAGGGGACUUAAGGUGAGGGAAAAAUUUAUAGACAUCAAAGAACAGAGCUCAUCGCCGAAGAGUAAAAAAUAUAAACGGAACGAGACAGAAAAUAAAAGAGAUGCUGAUAAAGAAGACGAUGACAGAGAAGUGGCUGUGAAGGGAGAGGUCCAGGAGGAAUCUAAAAAACUACAGCAGGGCUCGACUAGCGAAAUGGUGAAAGAGGAGAGGAAAGCGUCCAGAGUAAAAACAGUUUACAAGAAGAAAACUGUUGAGGAAACAAAGAAGAAAGAGGAAGAGAAGAACGUGGAAUCUGGUGAGGAAACAACUGAGAAGAGUGUAACAUCGGCUGAGCAAGAAACAAGCAGCAAAGAGUCGAAGAAAGAAGACAACAGACUUGCAGAGAAGGAGAAGAGCCAGCAGCCUGAAGAAGCACUGAUGGAGAACAAGGAUGCGGAAAACACUGAAACAGAAGUGGAGAAGCAGACAGAACCAGAAGAGAAAAAGACAGAACCAGAACAGAAAGUACCAGAGACAGAGGCGAAGACAGCGGAGGGGUCUGGCGAUGGAACCGAAGAGACAGGCAAGGAGGAGGACAGAGGAGAGACGUCGGAGCAGAAGGGACAAGCUGAAGAAAAGAAGGAAAAGGAAGCUGCCAAAACCACCGCUCAGUCUACAGAGGACAGAGAGCCAGCGGCAGAGCUUGGAGAUUCAAAACCAGCAGAGCAGAGCCCAAACCAGGCACGGAGGAAACGAGGCAGACCCCCAUCAAAAGCUAAAUCACCUGAUAACCAGCAUGGUGUCUUGGAGUUGAGAAAACGAAAAAUAUCUUUGGGAGCACAUGUGCCGUCAAAGAGAACCAAGCUUGAUACAAAUGCAGAGACCAAAAAGUCCAGUCAGUCCGGCAGUAGUGAUCAAGACCGCAGCAGGAGAAAGUCAUCAAGACUGCCUAUUAACGGUCAUGGGCAGCACUCCAUUAAAAGCACGCCUGUGCCCGUAGACUCCAAACACACGACACAGUCUCAUAGCAAGCAAAAGGAGUCUGCAACAGAUCAGGGUGAAUCAGCAGAGCUCAAAUCUGCUGUUGACUCCUCAGGGCAGAGUCAGGAAUCCUCUAAUGCUGUUCCAGAAUCCCCAGCACCUCCGUCAAGUGAGAAACCAACACAGGAGGAAGGAGCCGCACCGAACGAGACUCCCACAACAGCUUUGAAAGGAGAGCCAGGCAAACUGCCCACUGAAACGGCUCCUGUUGUGAAACGUCAGCCCCAGCCACCAAACCCUAACAAAUAUAGCAGAGAGCCCUUGUACACGGCUAUAAAGCGAUCGCAGGACUCCCUGUCCCCUAAGGCACUCACUAUUGAUCUAAACCACACCUUCAAGUGCAAGGUACCAGACUGCCUCAAGUCUUUCCGCAAGGCCAAGCUCCUGCACUACCACAUGAAGUACUACCACGGAGUGGACAAGGCAGCCGAGAGCGAGCAGAGCCCGACGAAGAGGAGCAUCCAGACCCGCGCCUCGGAGAAGCAGGCAGCCCUGGAGAACCCCAAGAGACGACGCACCAUUUCAGCCUCCUUGCACAGCAAGGUUGGAAAACUGCACGAGAGGAGGAGGACGUCGGCUCCCCCUGCUGUCAACACACUGCACAACCACCGGCCCUCCCUCCGAGAAAAGAGCAAAGAGAACCAGCUGGAGAAAUCGAAUCGCAAGCAGCAGGAGAAGGAAAAGGACAAGGGUGCCAAUGACACAGUUAAAGAAAAAGAGAAGAUCAGAGAGAAGAAACACAGGGAGUUCCUGAGAGUCAAGCUAAAGAAAAAGAAGAAGAAGAAAAAGAAGAACAAAUCUGAGUAUACUGGUAGUGAAGAAAAUAUUGACAUCUCUAGAGAUUUCUCACCCAAGAAAAUAUUCGUUCAAUCCAAAUUGAAUUUGUCUCACAAAUCCCCCUUCUCGCACAAACACAAGUUGUUAUACAACUCCAGCCCCGGAUACACAGAAAAGAUAAAAGUGGAUGACGAAGACACUGUGAGCGACUCUUCGACGGACAGCCUGCUCUGGAGCGAGGACGAGCUGGGUCAGGACGUCGACGUGACGACGAACCCAGAUGACGACGGGCCUAACGAGGGGCGCCGAGAGUUUGAGAUUGUCCGCUGUAUCUGCGAGGUCCAGGAGGAGAACGACUUCAUGAUACAGUGUGAAGAGUGCUUGUGCUGGCAGCAUGGGGUCUGUAUGGGUCUGCUUGAGGACAAUGUUCCAGAGAAGUACAUCUGCUAUAUAUGUCGAGAUCCGCCAGGACAGAGACAGAGUUUGAAAUACUGGUACGACAAAGACUGGCUCAGUAAUGGACACAUGUAUGGCUUAUCCUUCCUGGAAGAGAACUACUCCCACCAAAAUGCCAAGAAAAUCACAGCCACACACCAGCUCCUGGGCGACGUCCACAAAGUCAUUGAAGUUCUGAACGGCUUGCAGCUCAAGAUGAGCAUCCUGCAAAGCCAGGCCCAUCCAGACUUGAAGUUCAGGUGUCAGUCAUGGAAGCAGGUGGACGCCAAAGAGAAGCCCAGGAAGAGGCAGGUGACCGCAGCAGGGCUGGUGGAAGGUGAGGACAGGGAGAUCAGUGCCACUGAGAAGCCCUGUCGAAUCCCCUCCGUUCAGGAGUCCUACAUCACCAGCGAGCACUGCUACCAGAAGCCCCGCACCUACUACCCUGCGGUGGAGCAGAGGCUGGUGGUGGAGACUCGGGGCUCUGAGCUGGAGGAGCGCAUGAGGGGGUUCAGGGAGAAUGGGGAGGACCUGCUGGUGCUGGAGCAGCGCUACGGGAGGAGCCCCGAUCAAGACAGAAGAAAAGCAGACUGGGAGCCUCGCCUGGAAAAAGAACAGGACAAGGAAGCUGAAGUUUCCAAGAGAAGCUGUUCUGGUGAAAGCUGCAAUGUGAAGGUGGCCAGGGAGGACAGGGACGGUGAUAUGAACUUCCAGCAGCAAUGGCAGAUCAACUUGAUGGACCAUAUCGAGGCUGUUCAGGAUGAAGUCAUCCACAGAAUGGACUUCAUAGAGAGGGAGCUGGAUGUUCUGGAGAGCUGGCUGGAUUACACAGGGGAGCUGGAGCCUCCAGAGCCUCUUGCCAGACUACCCCAGCUGAAGCACCGGAUCAAGCAGCUGCUGAUGGAGCUGGGGAAGGUGCAGCAGAUUGCCUUGUGUUGUUCUACAUGAGCGGCCCUUACCGAGAGACGCCGAGCUGAUGCAGCUCUGAAACAAACCCAUAAGGACUUUAAAAGGGAGUGAGCCAGGGUCGGGCGCGUCAGGGCUAGGCUGCUGGGGGCAGUACUGUGUUAGUCUCAUUACAACACGUUCCCCCUUCCCACAAGGGCAGUGUGGUGGUGAUGAAGACGGGAACGUUACUAGGUUUGAAUCCAUCCGAAUCUGCUUUAUUAAUGGCAAGCGCAGUCCAGAGACUGUCAGAGAGGAAGGGGAAAGGAAACGCUGACUUCAAAACAAAAAAAAACUGUUUUAGUUAACCUUAGUUUGCUGGUAUUCCAUCUUUUUUGAAAAAUGCAAAGAAUAGUCUAAAGUGAGACAUUAUAAUUUGUUGUUAUAAACAGUUUAAAUGGGGUUAAGCAUGCCUCCUGUUCUUGAUAACCGACCAAUCUUACAUUAAUGUAUAGAGAUUUUGAAAUAUCUUAUUUCAGAGCUUGCAUAUCAUAUACAGUAAGUAGAUGACGCUGAAAGUUUGUGGCUUUAAAACUAUUCAAAAAUACAGUUUCGAAGGCUGAGUGCUUAUGGCAUCACCGGAGAUACAAGAUCAAACUCAUUUUAUUUACUUUUUUUUUUAAUUUUUAUUGGUAACCAAUCGAGUUCUAUAGUAAUUCUUUGCCAGACUUUUCUGUUAAAUGUGUUGUAAAAAAUAUAUUUAUAUAUAUCAUGUGAAAAUAGUUUAAAGCAUGUUGUAUCAUGCAACUUUUCCGAGACUUGGGGGGCGGAGGUGGGGGGACACAGUUACUGUACUGUGAUUUUCCAUUCUCUUCUGUGUAUCAAAAACAAUCCUCAUCUCAGUUCCUCUUUCAAAUACUGAAACUAGCUUACCUGCAGUAGUGCACUGUACCCUCCGUUUACAGGGUUAUUCAGAAGUUCUGCACAUGCACAUGCAAUGCAAAUUAGUGAUAAGAAUCAUUGCAGGUGGGAUGAUGUGCAGCCCAUAAUGGCAUCAAACAGAACGGUGCUGUAUGCUGCUGCCGUUUCUGCGCUCGCCCGUUUUCAGUGGCGAUUGUGAUGUUUCUCAUGAUGCCAGGCUUUUGAAUCGCUCUGCAGUAAAGUCGUGCAUUGCAGGCUUUCAGACACGUAGAGCCAGCAGACAAUGGGCCAGAUUUAUCAAGGUCUUUCCUCCCAAGUGCAAAUACUGUCAUACUGUUUGAUUUUCAAACGUUUGCCCAAGUGUUUUUGUAACAUUGACAGUAACAUUGAUAUUCCACAAAAAACACUGCACUUUGUAACUCUUCAUACAUCCAGCCCAGUUUUAAUCUGUCACCAAAAAGACAAAAAAAAAGUUUAUAGUGUUCCUUAGGCUGUCUUUUAAAAUUGCUUUUAUUGUAAUUUUUUUUUUUUUUUUUUUUAACUGUUGUUUGUAUCCUCUCUCUCACGGUUUUUAGCACUUAAUGUAAUGUCUUGUAAGUAAUUUCUAUUCUGCAUUUAUUUUUAUAAAUCUGUCCUUUUUUCUGUUUCUUUUUCAUCCUGUUUUGGCUUUAUUUAUUAAUGCAUUUUUUAACUUAUUUGGUUUUCUGUUUCCCUUUUCUGUCAUUAGAAAGCAGUUCACGUCAGGGACGAAUGAGGGGGCUGCUAAAUAUAUUGUAAGAGACUGCAGCAGAUGGGGGUACUGUGUGGAACAGUCUGGGGUUUUUGAAUGGGGGCGGUGGAGAAUUUGAAAAAAAAAUUAUAAACUCAUGCAAUAAAGGAAAGAGGGAGCAAUACAUUCAAAUGGAAAUUUUCAGAGAGGAGUAAAAUCAUUUUUUUACAAUAUAAAACUAGCAAGGAACUACUUGGAACACUAAUUUAACUGGCUUUCUUGCUACCUGCUGAGUCGUUUAAUGGUGACUUGAUAAUGUUAACAGCUGUUUUUAUUCCUCUCAAAGUUUGAGAGGAAUAAUCGACAUAUUCUUCCAUACGUGGUCUGGUUUACAAGGAUUUACAUUUUCACCAAAUGUUUUUGGCCAGUUAAUAAUCCAUUUCAAAUGGGUCCUAGGAGUGGUAUCUACAUGUUCGAGGUAAUGUGAAGCUGGUGGGGAGUGUCAGUUUUGACUAGGAGAGAUGCUAUGUACACAUGUCCCUGUUGCCAUAUUUAAGCUUGCGUCCAUUCCAGGUGUACAGAGCCCCCUGUUUCUGUGUGCUGCUUUGUUGAGCUCUUGUACAGGAGGGAGGAGUACCUUACUGUCAAAAGUUAGUAAUAAAACAACAAGCUGAAGAGUCCCCCACCCCCACUUCGGAAAGAGAGCGGGGGGUUUAAAACCACUGGCACAAAAUAAAUUCAGAUGAAAUGAAUACCAUCUCCGCCCUUUAUAAAAAAAAAAAAAAGUAUAUUUAAAAAAUCCCAUCUUUGGUAUUACGAUAUAAUCCCAAGAAAGGGGGGGGUCGGGUAACAAAGUCAUUAAUCUUUGCAGGUAUGGAAGGCAAAACAUUAUUGUGUAUUUACUCUUCAUAAGCUGAUGGAUGUGACUGCUCUAUUAUGAAAUAAUAAAUCAUGUUUUCAUGUU